GCCCUGACGACCGUGGCUGGGUCUCUAACUACUAGAGCCAUGGGAAGCAAGAAGAAGGAAAUUGCCCUGCAGGUUAACAUCAGCACCCAGGAGCUUUGGGAGGAAAUGCUCAGUUCCAAAGGACUAACUGUUGUUGACGUCUAUCAAGGCUGGUGUGGGCCCUGCAAACCCGUGGUGAGCCUCUUCCAGAAGAUGAGGAUGGAGGUUGGCCUGGACCUUCUGCAUUUUGCAUUAGCAGAAGCAGAUUGUCUUGAUGUCCUUGAAAAGUACCGAGGGAGGUGUGAGCCGAACUUUCUGUUUUAUGCAGGGGGAGAACUGGUGGCGGUGGUGAGAGGAGCCAACGCCCCGCUGCUGCAGAAAACCAUCCGAGAGCAGCUGGAGGCUGAGAAGAAGGUGCUGGCCGAAGGCCGCGAGCGAAAAGUGAUUAGAGACGAGGCUCUGUCUGAUGAAGACGGAUGCCUCUCCCAUGACAAGGACAAUGGUGAAGAUGUGGACGUGGCUUCAUCAGGGAAGACCUGCACCUUGGCCAUCAUUAAGCCAGACGCAGUGGUCCACGGAAAGACUGAUGAGAUUAUUAUGAAGAUCCACGAAGCCGGUUUUGACAUUUUAGCAAAUGAAGAGAGAACCAUGACAGAGGCAGAAAUGCAACUUCUCUAUCAACACAAAGCUGGGGAGGUCAGCUCAUCUGCUUCCACAUGUCCGACACACUCUCGUUUCUUUCUCUUUCUCCAACAUUAUGUUUAUAGAUUGAUGUUAGUUUGGGAGAAAAUCGAGUAUUACGAAGAACAAGAAUAUGAACAGCAAGAAGGCCAUGAAUUUGCUCUCAGAAUAAUGAUUAUAGUCUGUAUCAAGUAA